GCGAAAGUUGCAUCAUUAUAAAUUGAAAUAUUCAUAAGCUUUAUUUUUUGGGAAGACAUAGUACUGGGAGUAAUCUGUGUUUAUACUUUCUGGCUAUGAUUAUCUAAUAUAAUAUAGUCGAUAUUUUUUUAAUUGGGAAGAAAUACAUUUCCAUUUACAUAUUUCUUAUGUAAUGUUGGUAUUCGAUAUGUACGAAUGCUCUACAAGAGUUAAUGUUGUUCGCAAUGUGGUGGCGGCGGUUUAGUUUGUGGUUGUGUGUGUGUUAUAUGCACUGUUAUGAGUCUUGAAGUUUUUUGCAUGGAUCCAUCAAUUUUUCCAGAAGAAAUAUGGAUCAAAAUACUCAAGUACUGCCAAGUAAAAGAUAUAUUAUCAUUGGGAUGUACUUGCAAGUAUCUAAAUAAGAUCGUCAGUUUGGAUUAUUUGUGGAAACAAAAAUGGACACAGCUGGUGUCUGUGUGUGAUUUCGAUUUUCCAAGUGUGCAUGGACUGAGGCUGAACUACAAAGAUGUGUGUUUACGGCUGCACAGUAUCCUGCACUCUGGUACAGUGUUCCCACGUUGCUCUCACUGUAUGAAGUUCUCGUGUGAUGCCUCCUGCUCAGAGGUUCUUUGGUCCAAGGUUGUUGUGGACAUUGGGAACAAAUACACCCGGGUCAUCGCUCCGAGCUUUAUCAUGCGUCGACACUUCACCAUGUUUGGCAUUCCCAAAAUGUCACCAAAUGAGAACAGCACAGACAGGGGUGGCACACAGGACCCUGGUGGUGCAGCAGACACUGAGGUAGCAGUGUCUGCUGCACCACGUGUGAGACAAACCUCAAAGUGCAAACGCCAAGUGAACGGUCCAUUCUGUGUGUUCUGCAAUCCUAUGAAGCUGUAUCGUGAGAAAAAGCGAGUGGGUCAGCAGAAUGGUGGGGCUUGUUGCCCCAGCCAGUACUCAGAGCUUGUAAAUGGCUUCUGCACUGACACUGUCAACAUAUUGGGAACCCCCAACAUGGAUAUAGUAAGCCCUGCAGCAGCCCUCCUGCAAGACAACUGCUACCCUGUUGUACAAGAUUUUGUGGGCCACCUUUUUCACCAGAUGAGACUGAUCCCAGUACUGCAGAAACCGAAUGCCGUCCUGGUGUUCUGCGAGCCGCUGGCCAUGAGUGAUGCUCUGCGCAUCCACUUGCUGCACUACUUGUUCCUCACAAUCAAGGUUGCCAGAGUGUGUAUGAUUGCUAAGCCACUAGCAAUCUGUGCUAUGAUGCGGCUGAAUACGUGUGUGGUGGUGGACAGCGGUGCAUUCAGUACAUCAGUAGCGGUCAUACUAGAUGGACAGGUGGUGCCAGAACGAUGGAAACACAUCCCAGUGGGCGGAUGGCACGUUGCCGAGAACCUGAAGCUGGCCAUGCAGUGGCAGCCGAAAGAGUACACUGAGAUCCCCAUAUCAUACCUGGACACAUUGGCUGUGAAAGAGAAGUGUCGCCUCAGUUACAACUUUGCGAAUGAGGAGUGUCGCAAUGGGCCUGCACGCCGGGAGCACAUAGACUUGCGUGUGGACAGCUAUGCAGACUGCAAACAGUUCUGGAGGGUGUCUCUGGGGCCAGAGCUGUACCUUGCCCCAGAGAUGAUGUAUACCAGUCUCGGAUUGCCUCGGGCGAUACGGGAUGUGACUGACGGACUACCCGUAAACGUCCUCAAGGAGUGCCUGAGCCAUAUCCUACUAACAGGUGGCAACACUGACCUGAUGGGCUUCAAGACACGCGUGGCACGAGACUUGCGUGACCUGUUGCCAGAAUACAGCACUGUGAUCAAUGUCAUGACGUGUCCAGGCCUGAACAGUUCGAGUGUGGCUAUGGGCUCCACCUGUGUGACUUCGCCACGCAUAGGAGACAAUUCCAGCCGAACACCAGGCAGCCCAUUCUGCCCAUUCUGGUUGUCUCGUGAAGAGUAUAUUCUGUAUGGCUGUGAUGCUUUGAGUGAGGCUCUGUGAUAGUAACAGCACAUCAGUAAUGCGAAUUCUGUUUCAACAAAAGAUUGUAAUAUGAAAUUUACCGGCUGGAAGAGGGAAAUUUGAGUGGAUGGAUGAUCUUGGUGCACAAAUCUGAGUGUAAGUCAGCAGUCACACUAAUAAUAUUUAUUAUUUAUAUAUGUACAUGAAAUCAAACAAUCCAGCCAUUAAUACUCCAAAUUAGUGUCAUCACUCCACCAGUUUCUGUCUCUUUUUCACUAGCCCAAACAAAAAAUAAAUUAUUACUAGCAA